UGCUUUGAAAAACCGGUCAGGACCUUGAUCUAGAUCCCACCAUUCUGUGAGUGCGAUCCUUGAGACCUCAUAGACUCUCUCUAACUCACAAUUGAAUUCGAUUGCUUUCACACAAGAUCUAUAACAAGGACAUAGAGAGACUCUCCAUCAACUUUUCAAUCUGGUUCGAAGCCCUUUACGCGCUAGGGUUUUAUACUGCUCACAAAAAAAUGGAUAAAUGACAUCUGUAAAUUAGGGUCCUUAUGGAGAGCACAUCUAGUGAAGCAUUUGAUUUGGAUGAAGGUGAAAGUUGCUUUCCAGUUGAAAGCUACAAUCAGAAUGAUUUCACCGAUGAUGAAUUGUCCAAAAGUAUGGAUAUGUGUAUUGGCAAAGAUGACAAGAAAAUAGAUCAAUCUGUUGGAAAUUUAGCUUCAGUUGACAACGCUGUAGAACCACACAUUGGCUUGGAGUUCAAUUCAAGAGAUGAAGCUCGAGAGUUUUAUGUUGCUUAUGGUAGGCAUACAGGCUUUACUGUGCGCAUUCAUCAUAAUCGCCGUUCUCGAAUCAACAAUAUGGUUAUUGGUCAAGAUUUUGUUUGUUCAAAAGAAGGUUAUCGUGAAAAGAAAUAUGCAUGCCGGAAAGAUAGAGUUCUUCCUCCACCACCCAUCACCCGAGAAGGCUGUCCUGCAAUGCUUAGGGUUGCUCUGAGGGAUGGAGCUAAGUGGGUUAUUACCAAAUUUGUAAAAGAUCACAAUCACAGUUUAAUGUCUCCUAGUAAAGUUCCGUGGCGAGGAUCUGGAAAGAAUUUGGUCAGCGAGGAUGAGAAGGAUCAAAGAAUUCGAGAGCUGAAACUUGAACUUUACAAUGAGAAACAACGAUGUAAACGCCGGUGUGCAGGUUACCAGGAACAGUUGCAUAUGGUAUUGAAGUAUGUUGAAGAACAUGCUGAGCACUUAUCAAGAAGUGUUCAAGAUAUGGUCCAGCGUAUAAAAGAGCUUGAAAAUGAGCAGCUAGAUGGUUCAGAUUAGGGUCAGUAUAAUUUGUAAAAAAUUUCUUGUUAAUUAUUAUGAUUUUUUUUUAAAAUAAUUUUUUUCGGUUCUUCUAAUGUGAUCUUUACUUAAUUUACCAUCAUUUAGUGUGGUGAAUUUAUACACUCUAUGAGUUGGAUAUACUUUGAUAAGAGCCAAAGAGGUUGAUUUGUCUAGCAUAACCCAUAGGCGUGAACCAGGAAUAGGCAAAUAAAGAGAUGAAAAAAGAUGUCUUGAUGAAGUUAUUUAUGUGUAAUAACUAUUUAUAUGAAGUGUAAUUUUGUAAUAAUAAUUUCACAUCCAUUCAUUGUAUUA